AUGUCUGCAGCCUAUCGGAUUUAUAUUGAUAAUGUGCAACAUAACAUUUCAGCUGAUCCAAAAAAACUUUGGGACUAUAUUCAAAGCAACAAGGGAAGUACUAGAAUUCCAAAGGUAGUAACCGAUGAAAAACAUAGUUCGCAUGAAACUCCUGAUGAUAUAGUGAACAGUUUUGCUUCAUAUUUUAAGAGUGUAUAUGCUGUGCCUGAUACUAUCUCAGCCAACGUGUCCCCUGAGCUGAACCAUUCUCCCCAACAUGUGGUUGUUUCUAAUAUAACGUUCGAUGAAAUUAUAUCAGCAUUAAAAAGUUUAAAAAAUAAACCAACAGCGGGUCCAGAUCAAAUACCAAGCUAUCUAAUUAAAGAUUGCAGAUAUGCUUUAUUCAAACCUCUUCACAUCUUAUUUAACUUAGCACUAUUUGCUAACACUUUUCCAAAUACCUGGAAAAUUGCCAAAAUUUGUCCAGUGCUAAAAACAGGCAAGUUUUUUCAUUCUAAUAAUUUCUAA